ACAAAUACAAUACUGAUAUUGUUCAAUAUGUACAUAUGUAUAAUGUAAGCAAUUUUUGUCUUGGUUAGGCAUAAUGCUUGUUAGAUCUAGCUUGUUAAAUCUCAAAAUUAAAUUUUCAUUCUGGAGAUAAUUUUAUUCCAAUGGAUCAAUAAGAUGAUUUAUCUAAGAUCAGAAAAUGAGCUGUCUUGAAAACUAGGUUCAGGGAGAAAACAAAAACCAGGAAGUCAGGGUCUGGCUGAGCCGCAACAAGUAAUACUGUGUAUUCUUUGUCACAUUGCAGCAUGCAAAUUCCACAGAUUUCUACCAAAAAGAGCCUGAAUAACACUUGUAUGAAGGCUUAGUCAAUUUCUGCUGUGUCUGACUUUGGAGGAGCUCAUGACAAGUAAACAGAAGCAGCUCUGCUUGCCUCUUGCACAAGGUCUGGUAUCGACAGAUAAAUUCCAUUCAGGCAGCACGUGAGAAACUCAAGCGAUCAAAACAAGGACCAGCUAAAUAUGACAAGUUGUAUGGAUGUCCCAGAAGUAGCUCUGGUACACCCCUGAAGCUAUUUUGUCUUUGAAAAAUCCCUCUGCAUCAUCCUCAGGUGACUGAAGUUCACAACUAAUGUAAGCCAUCGAGACAGCCAUGAAAAACACUCUUCGGGACCAGAGCAGCACUGAAACCAAAGACCCAUUUGCUGCAUUUUCAUGAGAUCAAGAUACAGCUACGAGCACUCCCUGGAGACAUGGACUACUCAGCGGAUGCAUCCGGGCUCCUGGAAGCCUCUGAUAUUGGGUCUCAGAAAGACAGAGUGGUGACAGAGGAGGAAUGGCUACAAAAAUGGGAAAUGGGUAACAUCGGGUUUCACAAGGAAGAAGGGCAUCCGCUUCUCCAAAAGUAUCUGGAUGUUCUUUUAAAUGGCAGGAGUGGACUGAGGAUAUUUUUCCCACUUUGUGGUAAAGCAGUAGAGAUGAAAUGGCUGGCGGACCUGGGGCACAGCGUUGUUGGUGUGGAAAUCAGUGAGCAAGCAGUGAAGGAGUUUUUUUCAGAACACAGUCUGCCUUAUUGUGAGGAGCCAGUCCCUGAGAUUUCAGGAGCAAAAAUGUUCCAGAGUACCUCUGGCAACAUUUCCCUCUACUGCUGCAGUAUUUAUGAUUUGUCCAGCUCAAUAGUUGGCAAGUUUGAUGGGGUUUGGGACAGAGGAGCUCUUGUAGCCGUGAAUCCAUGUGACAGACAACGCUAUGCCAGUUUGAUGAUCAACCUAGUGGAGAAAAAUUCUUCUUAUCUCCUUGUUACAGUUUCAUAUGAUCCAAACAAACACAAAGGCCCACCAUUUUAUGUUCCUGAAUCUGAAAUUAAAAGUCUGUUUGGCAACUGCUGUGAAAUUAGGUGUCUUGAAAAAGUUGAUGACUUCUCAGAGAGGCACAGACAAUGGGGACUAGAUUAUUUUCUGGAGGUGCUAUAUCUACUAAAGUUUGUGGCUUGAUUAAAAUUUAUUAAAAUAA